AGUAGGAACAUAUUAUAUCGUGUACAGGUGUUCAUCGACUGAAUUACUGAACACAACUAUACACUAUACAGUUUAUUUACGUCAGACGUGUUAGACCUUAGACAUAGGUGUAUGAACUUCAUUUUUAUAGAUUUAAUUUUUAAUAUUCUUCAAUUACAAUUUAAUCAAUUUAAUUUUUUUCUAUAAAACCAUCAUGAGAUCAAUAAUAUUUAGAAGUCAAUUAAAGGCAGGUUUAUUUGUCAAUGGAUUUAACAAUUUUACCAGUUGUAGUAAUAACUAUAAAUUGAGAAGAAAUCAUACAAAUGCUCCGAGUCCGUUAUCUAUUUUGAGCGAAGAUGAACAGUUUUUUAAGGAAACGGUUAGGAAAUUUUCUCAAGAUCAAAUUGCACCAUUAAUAAAGAAAAUGGAUAAAGAACAUAAAAUUGACGAUGAACUUGUGAAAAAAUUAUUUGAAAAUGGUUUUAUGGGUAUUGAAGUAGAUAUAGAGUAUGGUGGAUCCGGAUCGUCAUUUAUGUCUAGCACUUUAACAGUGGAAGAAAUAGCCAAAGUUGAUCCCUCGGUUUCGGUAUUAGUUGAUUUACAGAAUACUUUAGGAAAUAAUGUUAUGUCAAAAAUUGGUAAUAAAGAACAAAAAGAAAAGUAUUUACCUCGGUUAGCACAAGACACCGUUAGCAGUUUUUGUUUAUCAGAGCCUUCGUCGGGAUCAGAUGCGUUUGCUUUGAAAACCACAGCAAAAAAAGAUGGAGACCACUACUAUAUAAAUGGAACAAAGAUGUGGAUCUCAAAUUCUGAUAUAGCAGGAAUUUUUUAUGUUUUUGCCAACACUGAUCCUUCGAAGGGCCAUAAAGGUGUUACAUGCUUUAUUGUAGAACGAGAACAAGAAGGAUUUUCAGUUGCUAAAAAAGAAGAUAAGCUAGGCAUGAGAGCUUCUGGCACAUGCGUUCUUCAUUUCGAUAAUGUCAAAGUACAUAAAGAUAAUAUUGUUGGCAAAAUUGGUGAAGGUUAUAAAAUAGCAAUAACUUUCCUGAAUGAAGGAAGGAUAGGAAUUGGAGCACAAAUGGUGGGUAUAGCACAAGGGUGUUUGGACCACACAAUACCAUAUACAUUGGAAAGAAAACAAUUUGGCUCUAGUAUUUUUGAUUUCCAAUCUAUGCAACAUCAAAUUGCUCGAGCAGUGACUGAAGUUGAAACAGCUAGGCUAAUAGUGUACAAUACUGCAAGAUUAGUAGACGCUGGUUUACCAUUUAUUAAAGAAGCAGCAAUGGCUAAAUAUUACGCUUCAGAAGUUGCCGGUAAAGUUACAUCUGUAUGCAUUGACUGGAUGGGCGGAGUCGGUUUUACUACAGAUUAUCCCCAGGAAAAAUUUUAUAGAGAUUGUAAAGUUGGGCCAAUAUAUGAAGGAACAACAAAUAUGCAGCUAAGCACUAUUGCCAAGUUCAUUAAAAAAGAAUAUGAACAAUAAUUUUUUACAUACUUUAUGAAUUAUUUUUUAAGCAAUUAAUGUAAAAUAAAAUGUUGUAACUGAAAUAUAUCAAGUAAUAAUAUGUUCAAUUUAAUAUUUAAGAGGGUUGAGUUAUAAAGUAUAGAAUGUAACUGUUCACAAAAAGAUAAAUACAGAAAAAUUUAAAUAAAUAUAUUAAACAUUGUGAAUUAUAGAUUAGUUGUACCACUUUAAUUAUAAGAUAAAAGUUUGGCAUUA